AUGAACAGCAUUGGAUCGGGCUCAAGCGCCUCAUCAUCACAUCCACCAAUCACGACCAAUUUUCAAUGGGAAUUUGCCCUUAGACAAUUAGAGAUUGAAAAAGAAAGAUUACAGAUUGAAAAAGAAAGAUUACUGAUUGAAAAAGAAAAAAUACUGGCUGAAAGGGAUAAGAUUGAAAAAGAAACAUUACAGAUUGAAAAAGAAAAAUUACAGAUUGAAAAAGAAAAAUUGGAAAUUAAAAGCAAAGAAAGAAUAGAAAAGUUGCAGAUUAGAGAACGAAUAUUAAUGAAAGAGCUUGAACUGAAACACGGUCAAACUCCAAUAUCUAGCAGCAGUUCAAACGAUUCUGUUUAUUAA